AGUCGCGGCAGUUGAAUAUGAUAUUCUAGUUAAGACCCGAAACGAAGUGUGUAGGUCACGUGAUCGGCUGUCUCUUUUUCGACCAUCGCUGAACGUCGCCUUGCAAGCAUGACUUCCCAACCUCCAGUCUUUCAUUCCGGAAUUGUGAAACAGAUUUUGUCAGGUGAUGCUGUUGUUAUUCGGGGUCAACCACGUGGUGGACCUCCCAAAGAACGAACUAUAUGUCUGUCAAAUAUUACAGCUCCCAGGUUAGCUCGUAGGGCUAAUCCGAAAGAAACAAAAGAUGAGCCUUAUGCUUGGGAAGCCAGAGAAUAUCUUCGUAAGAGGUUAAUAGGCCUUGAAGUGACUUUCACUGUGGAAUAUACUGUUCCAGGUACAAAUAGAGAAUAUGGAUGUAUCUACAUUGGAUCUGAUAAUUCUCGGGAGAAUAUGACUGAAUCAUUGAUAUCUGAAGGUCUAGUAGAAGUAAGGCGAGGCGGUUUGAAACCAUCUGAUGAAAGUCAACAAAAACUGAUACAAUUAGAAGAAAAUGCCAAGUCUGCAGGGAAAGGAAAGUGGGCCACUGGUACAGCCAAUGACCACAUUCGAAACAUUAAGUGGACAUGUGAAAAUCCACGCAAUUUUGUUGAAUCUCAUCAUUAUAAACCAGUUGAAGCUGUGAUUGAGCAUGUGCGUGAUGGUUGCACUGUACGUGCAUUUUUGUUGCCCAACUUUGAUUACGUCACAGUUAUGCUGUCAGGAAUCAAAGCACCAAUGUUCAAAAUGGAAGGUGUUCAACAAGUAGCAGAAGAAUUUGCAGAAGAAGCCAAAUAUUUCACUGAAUCACGGUUGCUGCAAAGAGAUGUGAAAAUCAUUCUGGAAGGAACCUCCAACCAAAACUUCCUUGGAACAGUCAUACAUCCGAGAGGCAACAUUACAGAAUUUUUAUUAAGUGAAGGUUUUGCACGAUGUGUUGACUGGAGCAUGGGAGUUGUUACAAGUGGGACUGAAAAGUACCGUGCAGCUGAAAGAAAAGCCAAAGAUAACCGACUGCGGAUAUGGAAAGACUACAAACCAUCUGGUGUUGUUAUUGAUGAUAAAAGUAAAAACUUUACUGCUAAGGUUGUAGAGAUUGUUAAUGGAGAUGCUAUGAUUGUUAAAUCAUCAGAUACCAGAAAAAUAUUCCUUGCUAGUAUUCGACCUCCUCGACUUCAAUCAGAAAACAAUGAGAAUGCUACACCAAAUAUCAUGAAAGACUCUAAUCGACGUGUGAGACCACUCUAUGAUAUCCCUUAUAUGUUUGAGGCUCGAGAAUUCAUGCGCAAAAAACUUGUGGGUAAAAAGGUCAACGUGCAAAUUGAUUAUAUUCAACCAGCUUCUGGAGGUUUUCCUGAGAAAACUUGCUGCACUGUAACAAGUGGGAAUAUUAAUGUGGCUGAGGCUUUGGUGAGUAAAGGUCUGGCAACUGUGAUCCGCCAUCGUCAAGAUGAUGACCAACGAUCUGCCCACUAUGAUGAGUUACUUAGUGCAGAGUCCAGAGCACAAAAGAAAGGACUUGGUGUUCACUCUAAAAAAGAACCACCAAUUCAUAGAGUUGCAGAUUUGUCUGGAGAUUUUAGCAAGUCUAAACAGUUUUUACCAUUCUUGCAAAGGGCUGGACGAUCAGAGGCUAUAGUUGAGUUUGUGGCAAGUGGAUCCCGUCUUCGGCUUUUCAUCCCCAGAGAAACUUGCCUCAUUACAUUCCUUAUCUCUGGUAUUGAUUGUCCUCGUGCCUCAAGACCUGCACCUGGUGGUGGUUCAACAAUACCAGCGGAACCAUAUGGUGAAGAGGCUUUACAAUUUACACGGGAACUAUGUAUCCAAAAAGGGGUUGAAGUUGAAGUAGAGACUAUUGAUAAAGGUGGAAAUUUCAUUGGAUGGUUACACAUUGAAACUACUAACCUGUCUAUUGCACUUGUUGAAGAAGGUUUAGCAAAAGUCCAUUUCACUGCAGAACGUAGUGCGUGUUACAAAGCUUUAUUAGAAGCAGAAACAAAAGCAAAGACAGCUAAAUUAAAUAUUUGGUCAAAUUAUGAAGAACCUAAAAAUGACCAAGUUGUUGAAGAACCAUUAGAGCGUAAACUAAAUUACUGCAAUGUUGUUGUCACAGAAGUUAUGCCUGAUUUGAAAUUUUACGCCCAGUAUGUUGAGAGUGGUCCACAACUGGUUGAAAUGAUGGAGCAACUUCGGAAAGAACUUGAAACUAAUACUCCAGUUGUUGGUGCUUAUACGCCAAAGCGUGGAGCAAUCUGUGCAGCUAAGUUUUCUGUUGAUAAUCAGUGGUACAGAGCUAAAGUGGAAAAAGUUAGUAAUAACAAAGCAUCAAUGUUAUACAUAGAUUAUGGUAAUCGGGAAGAAGUUCCAUUCUCCAUGCUUGCUGCGUUACCACCAGUCUUCCAGUCAUUACCUGCACAAGCAACACUAUUUGGACUUGCAUGUGUGAAAUGCCCUGAUGAUGAAGAUGCCAAACGUGAUGCUUACGAGGCUCUAAAUCAUGACAUUUUUGGAAAGCAGCUUGUGGUGAAUUUAGAAUAUAAAGCCAAUGGUGUUGACUUUGUAACUGGCCAGCUGGGAGAGUCACGGGACGAUGUAGCAUUCAGCUUAAUCUCAGAUGGUAUUUUGCUAGUAGAGACCCGCAAAGAAAAGCGUCUCAGCAAAUUAGUGGCCUCUUAUAUGAAUGCUCAAGAAAAAGCAAAGUCCGCCAGGCAAAACUUAUGGCGUUAUGGUGACAUUACUGAAGAUGAUGCCAGAGAAUUUGGUUAAAGAAUCUGAAAUAAAUGCAGUGAAAAGUAUAUUUGGAAAAUAAUAACACAAAUUAUGAAUGAAAUUUAUUAAAUAAAAUAACAAUACUUUGCUGAAAAAGACUGACUGAAAUUUCAA